AUGAAAAAUAAUAAUUCCAAAGAAUGUCAAUUUAAAGAUAUACAUAAUAAAAAAAACUCCAAAUACUUCGAUAAGAAAGAUAUUAAACAAGAUCAAGGCACAAAUGAUUUAUGUGAGAUAUUAUCAUCAGAUGAUAACAGUGAUGAAUGUAAUAACAAAAUAAACGAUAAUUUUAUUAUUGUGGAACUGAUUUCUUAUUUAUGUGGAAACUCAAGAAUUAUUUCAUUUUAUCCAAGUACUAAUAUAAAAAAUUCUGAUCAGAAUAAAUAUCUUUAUCAUUUUUAUAAAAAAAAAAAAGUAAAACUAUAUUUAUGCUUAAAUAAAAAAAACGAUGAAAUAUUCAUAUAUCAAGUUCAGUGUAAAUAUACCAAAAAAAAGGAAAAAAAAUAUGACACCGACAAUGAUCAUAACAAUAUAUAUAAUAACAAAACAAAAAGUAAAGACAAUGAUUGUGUAAAUAAUAAUGUAGAACAUUGUUCCUAUAUCGAACAGAAUAACAAUGAAAGAAAUGAAAAAAUAAAAAUAGAAAAUGAUCGCGAAAGGAAUAUAGAAAAAUAUGUGGAAGAUCAUGUAAACAAACAUAUAAAAAAGGAUGAAAAAAAACAUAUUUAUAAUUCUUAUAAUUAUACACAAAAUAAUACAACCGAUGAAUAUCUAUCCUCAUCGUCAUCCAAAGAUAUAAAAAUAAACUAUAAUAUAGAAAACAAAAAAAAAAAAAACAUAGAACAUAAUUAUCAUAACUAUGAUUCUAAAAAAAUAUUCAUUACAAAAUUAUUUGAUACUAUUAAUUGUACAUAUGAUAUCUCAAAUAUUGAAUAUACCAAAUUACAAACAACAGAUCAUAAAACUUUAAAUUCUUUGAAACUUAUAUUACAGCAAAAAAUUAAUAAAACACAAAAUAAUAUAAAAACAGAACAACAAACAUGUGAACACAAAUCUGAAAUAAAUUAUAAUUGUAAUAGUUGUGAUCAACAAAUUAAUAAUUUUAUUCCAAACACAAAUAAUACACAUACUCAACAGUCUUUGAAAAAUAAUUCCCAUAAAAAUUACCUGACUUGUUCAGAAAAAAAUGAUGACAAAGAUUUUUGUAAGAUUGACGAGAGAAAUUUUUCGAGCGAUAAUAAAACAGAUGAUAACGAAAUGAAAACCUUAUUUUUUUAUUUUAAUGAGCCAGCAAAUAUAUAUAUGAAUCAGUUUUCCCACAUUGACCAAAAUAAAGAACAAAAUAAUGUAAAACAAAUAUCGGGAUUUUUAAAAGACAUUAGGUACCAAGAUAUACAAAAGGAACACAGCAAAAUAUGUAAAAGUAACAAAUAUAAAUCAAUAAUUCAUAAAAUGAAAAAGGAAGAUUUAUUUUCUAAUUUUUUGGAACAAUACGAAAGUGAUAUAAGUAUAUGUAGUAAUGAUCUUCAAUUUAGCGAUACAGAAGUUGUAACUAAUGAUCGAGAUAUAUAUAUAAAAGAAGAAAAAAAGAAAAAAAAAAUGAAUAUACUCACAAGAAAUAAUUUAAAAAUAAAAUGGAUUUUAUUAAAUUUAAAUUUAAAAAAUGAUGACGAAGCAUUAAUAAAAAAAUAUGUAAUAUGUAAAAAGGAAAAAAUUCAGAAAUUUAAAAAAUCAAAUUAUUUUUCAAAUGAAAUAUAUAAUAAUACUUUUUAUAAUAAUAAAAAAGAAAAUGAAAAAUAUGUAAUAAAAAAUAAUGAUUCUAUGACAAAUGAAUAUGUUACAUAUUGUGAAGAUAAAAAAGUACAUUAUGAUAAAUCAUAUAGUAAUCAUACAUAUUCAAAUAAAUCUUAUAGUGAAAAAUCGUAUUCUAAAGAAUCUUCCAGUUAUCAAUCUUGUACUGAUGAUGACCAACCAUACAUCUCAAAUUCUCAUGAUAAAGAAAAAAAACACGAAGGUUAUAACAAAAUGAAGAUGUCACAUAAUAAUAAUAUAAACAAUAAAACGAAAAGUGAAGAAACACAUGCAAAUCAUACAAAUCAUACAAAUCAUGCAAAUCAUACAAAUCAUGCAAAUCAUGCAAAUCAUGCAAAUCUUAUUUUUAAUUUAGAAUUAUAUGAUAAUUCAAAAGAUAAAGAAGAAUUACAAAAAGAGACUAAUGAAAAUAUUGUGCAUGACAAAAGAAAUAUGAAGAAUACAAACCAACAUGAUAAUAACAAAAUGGAUCUUCCAACAAAUAAUUUAUCAUAUUGUCAAAUUGAUAAUAAUACAAAUAAACAUUCAACAUUUAUUUAUAAUGAUCAAAUAUAUAUUUCAAAAGAUAUAAAUGAGCAAGUGUAUAAUGAAGAGGUAAACAUAAAUGUGAAUAGAAAAAAUAAUAAUAUAAACAAUAUAUAUGAUCAUGUUGAUAAUGCAAAUGAGGAUAAAUCAUAUCCUCCUAUGUCUGACGCUUCUUCAUUGUAUUCACAUAUAGAAGAAAAAAAUGAUGAUCAUGCAAACUAUGAAAAUGAAAUUUGUAUAAGUGAUACUUUAGAUAUGAAAAAUGAUAGAAAGAGAAAAAUAUAUAAUGUGCAAAAUUAUUCUGACGCUCAAAAGGAAGACAAAAAGGUGAUGUAUGGAAAAAAUGAUAGCAAUGAAAAUUCGGUUAUUUAUAUGAACAAUGAUAGUAAUGAGGAUGAUAGUAAUGUGGAUGAUAGUAAUGUGGAUGAUAAUAAUGAGGAUGAUAAUAAUGACAAUUAUAAUAAUGACAAUUAUAAUAAUGACAAUUAUAAUAGUGACAAUUAUAAUAGUGACAAUUAUAAUAAUAAUAAUCCUUAUGGUGAUAGUAAAAAUAAUAUGUAUAACCCCCAAUUAAAUAAUAAACAAAAUGAUUGUGUGUGUAUUUCCAAUACAGAAUCUCAAAAUGAAGAAAACAUAAGUGUAAAAGGAAGUGAGAGUGAUAAGGAGAGAAAUUAUGUAAUAAAUAAACAAAAUUUAAAUAUCGAUUAUGUUGUUACUAAUAAGAAAAUAUCCACUAAUAGAAAUAAUAGUAAUAAUAAAAUUAAUUUGGAAAAUAAUAAUUCUUACAAUAAUAACCCUUGUAAUAAAUAUUCAUUCAAAACAAAUCAUCAUAAUAAUGAAAAAUAUACGUCAAAAGAUAAAAGUAAUGAUAAAGAUCUAAUAAUUAAUCAGAGCCAAAUAAAUGAAAAUACUAAUAAGGAAUACAAUCCAAAUAAAUUUAAAAGACAUAAAAAUGAAAAUACAAAUGUUAUACAUAAUAUAAACUCUUGUGUAACAAGUUAUUUCCUUAAUCAUAAAGUUAAUACUUUAUAUGACAUUGUAAAAGUUAUUUAUUAUAAUUAUCGAAAUUUUAAAUAUAGCGAAAAAUUAAAAUUUUAUAUAACAACCUUUUUAAAUUUUUCUAAAAUCGAAAAAGCUAAAUUAGAAUUUAUGGAAAAAGAAAAAAAAGUCGAUACAGAAAUACUUAAAAAUUAUAUAAAUCAAAAAAUAUGUAACCAACAAAAUGUUUGGAAUUUAAAUAAUUAUAUUAUAGAUAAUGAUAAUAUAUUUAGAUUAAAUAAAUCGAAAUAUAUUGAUGAUUCCAUAAUCGAUUUUUUUAAUAAUUAUAUUUCUUCAUUUAUUCUUAAUAUCAAUCAAAAUGUAAAUGAUACAUAUAUUUUUAAUACAUUCUUUUAUAAAAAAUUAGAAUUAUAUGAUGAUGUUUUAAAAGCUUAUGUUAAUACUACUAGAUGGAUUAAAAAAUUAAACAAAAAAAUUUAUGAAUACAAAUAUGUAUUUAUUCCAGUAAAUAUUGAAAAUACACAUUGGUCUUUGGUACUUAUAUAUUUUCCUUUUAAUAAUGACGAGCAUAAAAACAAUGAUAGCUUGAACCUUUUAUCAUCUUCAGAUAUUAUCACUCAAAAAAUAAACCAAAAUCAAAUGAUAACUAGUAAGAUUGAAGCAAAACAAAAACAAAAAAAAAAUAGUUAUUAUAAAAACAACAAUCAUAGUUGUAUCAUUUUAGAUGGAGGGGGGGGGAAAAAAAAUCCAUCCGACAAAAAAAAAUCAAAUGAAUUUUCAAACAAACGUACUAGUAAUAAUUCUAAAGAUAAACAAAAAGAAACACUAACAUCAAAAUCAAAGUGGUAUAUGAAAUUAAGGAAUAGAUCAUAUGAUUCCUACUUUUUUAACAAAUAUUGUAUAAAUGCAAAUAAAUUUAACUAUGAUAUAAGAAAAGAUCGUUUCCAUAUUUUAGAUAAUAAGAAUAUUAAUAAUGAAAUGCAAAAAGAUAUUAUCUGUAAUAAUCGCUUAUGUUCUAGUGACCCGGAUGAAUACUCUUUUUUUUAUACCAAAGGAAAUUCUUGGAAUCAAAGAAAAAAAAAAGGCUCUUCAAUUAAUAGUAAUAAUAAUGAUAAUAUUGAUGACAGUGAUAAUAUUGAUGAUAGUGAUAAUAUUGCUAAUAGUGAUAAUAUUGAUAAUAGUGAUAAUAUUGAUAAUAGUGAUAAUAUUGAUAAUAGUGAUAAUAUUGAUAAUAGUGAUAAUAUUGAUAAUAGUGAUAACAUUGAUUAUAGUGAUAACACUUAUAAUAGUGAUAACACUUAUAAUAGUGAUAAUAUUGAUGAUAGUGAUAAGAGUCAUUAUAGUAAUAAUAAUAUGAAUCAUUUUAAUAAUAAGAUAAAUAGUUCAAAUAAUAGUUUUAUGCCAAACGAAGUAAAAGAAUUAAAAGAAGAAAAAUCAAAUACACAUAACAAGGUAGCUUAUAUAAUAUAUCUAGAUUCUUUAUUCCCAUCUGUCAAAGGAAAUAAAAUUUUAGAAAAAAUAAAAAAAUAUAUUGAACAUAUAUAUCAUUCAGAUCAUAUAAACAUUAAUAAUAAAAUAGAUAUGAAACAAAAUAAAAUAGAUCAUGAUAUUCCACAAAUUAUUUUUAAAUUUAUAUAUCCUAAAGUUCUUCCUAAACAAAAUAAUAGUUAUGAUUGUGGCAUAUAUAUUAUACAAUUUAUUUUACAUUUAUGUUUGAAUAAACAUUUAGUAGAACGAGAUUUGAUUAACCCAUAUAAGGAUAAAUUAAAUAAUAAUGAACAUAAUCAUAACAAAUAUAUGUUCACUACAUCUAAUAAAUAUUCUCAAUAUAACCAUAAUAAUAAUUAUUUUUAUUCAAGGCUUAGAUCAAAUAGACCUGCCCCUUGGUUUGGUCAAAGGGACAUAAACAUAAAGAGAAAGCAAAUGAAGAAGAUGCUCUUAUAUAUGAAAGACGUCAUAAAUUGGAAAUCUCCAAAUCACAUCGAAGUUUUGAAUUUAUUAUUUUUAAUGAAUGACACUAAUCAAAUUAAAAAGGACAAAUAUAUAGCCAGUUAA